GGGACCGCAGGAGCCCGGAACUGCGGGAGGGAGCUCGUGGCGCGCAGGGCUCCACGGGUCGCUAUGGGAACCGGGCGUGGCGUUGGUGGCCCAUACCUGCGGGGGCGUGGUGGGGUGGAGAGCCGGCCUCUGACCCGCCUGGUCCCUCUCGGCUCUGGCGGAGGGGAUCCCCGCUUCCUGCCCCGCGGAGGUCGCGGAGAGGGCGCCCGCUGAGUGUGCCCGUCCAGCCCGACCCUUCGGGGACCCCCGGGGCGCGGGCCCCACGUUCGGCCUGGAACGCGCGGAGCCUCGGGCGCGGGCAGCGGCCAGUGGGGUCCGGGCCGGGGCGCGGCGGGGCGGACAGGCGGCCGAGGCCGAGGGCGCGGCGGGAUGGAGCUGUACCUGGGCGCCUGCGCCAAGGUGGCCCACGGCGCCGCCACCAGGACGGCCGCCCGCGCGCUGGCCACCGAGAGCAGGCAGUGCGGAGACGGGGCGCACAAAACCCACUUUGCGGAGGUGGGUGCAGCUCAGCUCCUGGAUCUGCCUCUAGGGGUGAAGCUGCCUGUGAUCCCAGGAAGCGAUCCUCUGUUCUUCACCACGAACCUAAGCGAAAAGCUUUUUCGACCUUCCUAUGGCUUUAACCUGACAGACCCUUAUUGUCGACUUUUGGAAAACCAAUAUAGAAGUCUCCACGAUCCACAUCUAAAAGCAUAUUACAGACGCAAAGAUGUCCUGAGGAGACUGAAGAAAGGUGGCUAUAUCACCAACAAUAACAAAAUUGUAUGUAGUUUGAAGGAACUGAAUAAGUACAGGCAAUACCUCACCAACUUGAAAUUAGACUUUGAAAGAAACUAUAUAAGAGAACAAAAAAUGCUUGCGAAACAACUACAGAAAUUGGAGGAAAGCAAUGCAUUCCCCGAGUGUUCUGACGUUACGCAGUUCCAGAACUGGUUGCUGCAUGAGGGCACCCAAUCUAUUAGGGACCAGGAGCGGUUAAUACGGCACAGGUAUUUGGAUAUGAUAAAUAAAGGAUUAGAACACUCAGAGCGGGCAAUGGAAGAGCAGCGCCUUCUCCGCAUGGACAGAGAGCACAGAAGACAGCGGGAACACUUGAGAAGAAAGCUAAUUCUUCGGAGAAAAAUUGAAGAGGAAUGGAAGACCAAAGAGCUGUUACUUCUGACGAAGAUUGCAGAAGAUAUUAAAAGAGAACAGAAGCUCGAACAACAACGGCGGAAAAGCAGAGAAGAAAGGGACAGAAAGAAACAAGCCCUGCUAGAGAAAAAAAUGGCUUAUCAUUUACAAAAAAUGCAAGAAACUGGCUUUAAAGAAGACAUGGAUAAAGGCACAUAUGAAUACAGUGGACAAGAUGGAGAUUUGGAAAAAUCUGCAACAAAUACUAUUUUUCAAUCUCAGAGUUGUUCAAAGAACAUCAAAAGAUUAGCUUCAGCUGUUGAACAGUCUGAUUUACAAGAAAAUGGUACAGAACAAAAGAGAGAUGGAAUGCUAAGUAACAUAUCAAGCACUUAUGAUGACAAAGGACCUAUAAACAUAUCAGCUCAACAUUCACCUACAAAAAAUAAUCGCAAAUCUUCGUAUUUUUUUAUGGAUACAAAAACAGAGAAGGAGAUAAAUGGGAAGGCACCCAAGUCAAGACCAAGCUACUAUGACAAAUCAGGAUUUCAAGCCCCAGGCAUUUUGCCUUCCCCUGUUGUCUCAAAUAUACAACAGAAUCUUCUACAAAAUUGUGUGCAGGGAAAAGUAACUUCUGAAGAGCUAAAUAGCAUAAUUCAGAAUAUAAUGACCUGGGUGGUAGCUACAGUGACUAGUAUAUUAUACCCAGCCAUCACCAGGUAUGAAGAAAGGCUGCAUAGUAAUACAUACGCAGCCUCUGAGGAGUCUACCCUGUCUUCAGACAGCUCAAGCUUUUGCAGCACAUGCAGUGAAGAGUUCACGUACCGAAGCUACACCUCUGCAACCACUAAAACAUUUCAGGCAGACACUUGUUCAUUUGCGGUUAAUGUGUCAGGGAAGAAACCAAGCCCAAUUUUAAAACCUCCUCCAGCCCCAGUGGAAAGAGAAGUUAUGGAUAAGACACAUCACAGGAAAGGACCUUCUCCCAAGGUAGAAAGAGAAGUUACGGAUGAGUCACAUCACUGGGAAGGGCAAACUCUAAGCUCCGAACUCAAAUAUGACGAGGCCCAUUUGACCUAUUCAUACCCCACACUCAGAAGUUGUAGUUCUGAUAGUCAACUUCUAGCAUCUUUGCAAAGAGGCACAAAGAAAUCUAAGGAUGCUACCACUGAAACUGAUGGCUCAGUGACCACAGUGCCUUGUGAGAAAAAAGCAAAAGCCAUGGAUGAGUUGAAGAAUUUAAAGAAUGUUUUUGUUAACUUUAAGUGUCACUUGAAAGGGGAAACUAAAUUGAUUUUGGAGAGCAUUUUUCAGGAAAUAAUGUCUGAUUUAACUCAGGCCAUUCCCUGCAUUUCUUCUGUUACUGCUGAAGUUUUUGUUGACCAGUCGGAGCCUGAAAAAGAUGACUUGAUCUCCAGUAUUGAUAUGUGCUCGUUAGCUUCAGACAUUGUGGAAAAUGUGUUUGAUAAACUAGAAUCUGCAGUUGAGAAAAAAUGUGUUCAGAUUUUCUCACAAGAAGAGUUAUCAGUGGACAUGAAAUCGAGUUUAACAUCUAGUGGGGAGUAUUUCACAUCAUCAAAUGGAAAGCCUUCAGAGGAUUCCCUGCCUUAUGCUGUGGAACCUAUGUGCACUCUUGCAGAAGAUAUGGUGCAUGGCAUUUUAGAAAAGCUGAUGAUCUUUACAUCAGUCAAGCAAAAUGAACGUCCUCUUGAAGAUGCAACUAAACACCAGCAACAAAAGACAGACCCUCCCUAUACUGUCCUUCAAAGAGCUAGCCAGAAGAGAUCUACCUCUGAACAAGAAGAGAAGGCGAAUAUAAUUGCCAACGAAGAAAUAAAAAACUUAAUGUCAAACGUUUUCUCACAGUCCUGUUUAGUUCAUCACAUAGAGGAGGCAGUCAGUACUAUAUUAGGUUAUCUACAAACUGAACUUAACCAUGACAGACUCCUUGCAUCUGAACAAACAAUAAUAUUCCUUCAAAUACUUGAUGAGAUCUUCACUCAUCUCCACCACAAGCCAGUAAAACCAAGUGUCCACAAAAAGAGACGAUCUACACAGAGAAAUUCUUCUGACAUGAAGGAAAAAUACAGGCUCACUGGAACAACCAUGUCUCACAGUGCUAAGGGCAAAAGACCAUGCCCUCGGGUUAAUGUUCCAGGCAUGGUUUUUUACUCUGAAGAUGAUAAUGAAGAAAUAAACAAUAUUGUGAAAAAUGCAAUUGAUUCAUCUCUCAAAGAGGAAAGAGCAAAAUCACGAGAAAAAACACCUAAUCACAGGUUCACAAAGGCAAACACUUCUUUUGACUACACAAGAAAUGCUAAACCACCAACAAUGCCUUCUUCUCGCAGCAGCAGCAAUGAUUGGGAGUUAAAGACUGAGCUCCCACCGCUUAUCAAUGAAGACAUUUUAAAGGAGAAACACUGUCUGAAUAGAGACAUUUCAGUUUUCAGCCAUGAUGAAAAGCAUCAAAUAAAAAGGGCUUCAGAGAAGACAGUUAAACAUGUUAUAAGAGAAAUGCUCAAGGAUAUAGCCUCUGUGUCUCCUGGUCGUCUAGGUAACAAAACUGGGAAAGAAACCUCCAGUCUUCCCCGUGAAAAGUCCCAAGGGCUCUUACAUCAAGAAUGGAUGGACCAGAUGUUCUCUAUGUCGGAAAUAACUUCAGUGGCUCAAGAAAUAACAGAUUCUGUGUUAAAUAUACUUUUUAAGGCAUCACACUCCUUGUCCAGUCCCGCUAAAAGUUCUGCUUCAUCCUUAGUUCAUCAGACUUUUCCAGAUAAUCCUGACGUGUCCUAUAGAGUCACGGAAGUGGCAAAUAAAAAGCCACUAAAAAUAUGGUUUGAUAGUGAUAAGAAAAUGAAACGUUUACCUUCACUUAAUGUAGAUUCUGCAAAGCCUUCUUGGUUAAAAUCUGGAGAAAGUGAACCUAAAUGUGUAGAUAACAUUGUUGAUAAGAUCACUAAUACCGUUUUUAAAAGGCUGAAGUUAUUUGUUUGUCCAAAAUUGCAAACAGAAUACAAACUUUCAUCUGCCAGGCAAUCUUUAUUGAAAUCGCAACUUAGUACUUACACCGCUAAAGUAGUAAACAUUGUUUUAGAUGCUAUCCAGAAUGAACUGGAGCUCAGUAAGAAAAAUGUAAAUCUUAGGGACCUAGACCAUAGCAAAUCCCAUACAAGUAAAGGGAUUUUGGCUGAUGCUGAUAAGAAAUUAGAAUCUCUCAUAGCAAAUCUCAAUGAUGACAAUAUGGAAAGUCCAAUUCUAACUUGGAUUUGUGAGAUAUUAUUAAGUGGGAAUGGAGAUCAAAGAAAUAGCUCACUUUCUUCAGGUAAGUCAAGAUCUACAACUUCAAACGGAAAUGAGAGUACUGAGAAACAAAACAUUUUGUCAAGUAGACGGGAUAAAGAAGCUUUUCGUAAAUAUUUGGCUACUCCUUGUACCAUCCACAGUACCCUGUACAGAAAAGGCCUCAAAGAAAAAACUAAUGUGCAGGUAUUAGACAGGAUUGGCGAAACAGUACAUGAAAUGUUAGACAAACUGGUCGAUACUCCUCCUGAUCUUAAGGCAUCCUUUAGAGAGCAAAAAAGAGAAAAUGCAAAAACAGAUCAACAAAUGGCGGCUGCACAGAAAUCUAAUGUUCAGGUCAUUUCCAAAACAAUUUUAGAAUAUAUCCUUGAAAAGCUAUGUUGUAUUGACAUGGAUACCAGUUUGGCAAGUACUGAACUUAAAGCUGCCUUAGAAUCUCCUGAUAUUGACAAGCUAUCCUUCGCUUCAAUUAUUGAGGAAAUGGGCAAAUGCACAGACAUAAUAUCCAGCAUAAUUUCUGGAAAUCCAGAGACGGAUAACCCAGAGGUGACUAAAAGCAAGACAAAAAAUAUUUCUUCUGGGUCUUCCAAAUUUGAGAACUCCAAAGAAGCUCACCAAAACACCCUGAAAGCUGUUGCUUCUGAUAUUCUUAAUAUGGUUUUCACUAACCUGGAAGGAUUUGCCAAUGGAAAUUUAGAAAUUCAAGAUGCUGGUAAUGAUGGCAAUAAAAAAGGCAGUAAGGUGGACGGGGAUAGUGGAAGCAGCGGGGCUAUCCCAGAUACACGUGAAGAACCCAUAGAGUCUGUUUUAUACACGCAGGCAAAGAAGGUAUCAAGUGCUCUUUUGAAAUCCAUUCAGACAGAAUUAAAUGGGAACUCAGAUGAUUUGAAGAAAAGUGUAAAAAAGCAAUCACCUGAGACGCGAGUAUUUACAGACAUAGUCAAUUUAAUUUUAGAUGUAGUAUCCUCCGAUACACCUCAUGAAACUGAAUCCAAAGACAGAGACGUUAAAACCUACCGGUACCAGCCAACUUAUGGAAAUUUUCUCCCUGGAGGAGCUGAAUCAGAUUCAUUUCCAGAAGAUGAUGGGCAUACAGAGAAAAAAGUCCCUAGGGAGAGAAAAUCACUGAGACAGGGAGCUAAAUUCUAUUCUCCUAAACAGAAAGUUCUAGAAACAAGUCUAUGUGAAAUUGAAAUGAAACUCACAGAGCCACAUAAAUCUCCAGUCAUCCCCAUUAUAAGAAAUAUUUUGAAUGAAAUUUUUCAGAAUAAUUUAAUCAAUCAGUUAAAUGUGCUGUUACUCUCCAACUCUCAUUUUGAUGGCAUUCCUCACGAUGGUCAUGAGUCCAUUGCUCAGAAACCUGCUCAGUUUAUGGGUAACAUAAUGGGACCUUUGGUGUCUGACACAGAUGUGGUUAUAGUGGCAAGCGAUAUUGUUAGAAUUGUGUUUCAUAAACUUUAUACAGCUGCCAUGACAGAAGAAAACGUAAGUGAAAACAGAUGUAAAAGCAUCACAUUUUCAUCAGAUGCCUCUUUCUGUGAACGUACCUAUGGAGGAAACUCUCUGAUUACACUGGACAGAAAUCUUUGCAUGUUGCAACCCAGAUUCAGUGUUGACAAACAGAGCAAAGUCAAUAUGAUUGAAGACAUUGUACAAACAAUAUUUCAAAACUUGGAAACAUUUGCUACUUCCAAAAUAAAAUCUCUUGUGUGUUCCCAAGUCAACUUCACAGCCCCAGAAGUUUUACCUACUCAGCAAGAUGAGGGUACACUAAGCAAAUCAUUGUCAUCUGAAAAUUCAUACUCUGAUGGGCAAUUUUCCUUUCGCUCAGUGGAGCCUAAGACCAAUAUAUUUUGCCAAAUCUCUUUGUCUAAAUUAAAUAUUUAUGCAAAAGACGUGGCUAGAAAAAUUUUACAGGGAAUCAAACAUGAGUUGGAUAAGGAAAGAGAAAGUUCUUUCUUAAUUCGUAACAUUGUGGUUUCUGAAGGCAUUGUAAGUCAAAUUGUUAACACAGUACUAGAUAUUAUAUCUUGCAAAAAAAUAGGUAACAGCAGCCAUGAUAAACAGAAUGACUCUGCUCAGGCAGACUACGUUAUUGAAAAGUUGUUCAAUAAGACUGAGUAUCAAAAAAUACUUCAGUUUCAAAUACAGAACACCAUCGAAGGCAUCUUAUGUGAUAUUUAUGAAAAAACUUUGUAUAAGAAUAAUUUCUCAUUUGCCACACCCACUCUAAAAUAUCACAUAGCUGAUAAAUGUUCAGAAGCAAGUUCUGAAAUAUGUACUCAGGGUACAAAUAAGAUUUCCCCUGACCUUCCAGUUCCUAGGUCAGAUGUCCUCUUGCUAUGCAAGGAGGUAGUGGAUAUUGUUCUUCAUAGCCUCGCUUCUGCUGCCAGACUUGGAAUAGUUACAGAGGUGCCUGCUUUGGCAAGAUCCACAUUUUGUGAUACGUUUUCAAAAACAGAGUACCAAACAUCUCUUCUUAUGGAGUCAAAAGCCAAAGGAAAACCAGAGUGGUUUCAAUAUGCAAGUGACAAGGAAGCAGCAUAUACUGAUGGUAAUCAGACAGCUGUAGAGGAGAAAGAGGACCCCAAGCAGUCUGCUCCUGACCCAUGUGCGGAAAGUGCUAAUUUUAUCGCAAAAACUAUUUUCAAUCGAUUACAAACUUUUGCCACAGAAAGAGUAGAUUCACUAAUUACUCUUGCUUUUCAGCCUGAAGGAACAUCAUUUGUUAGUCCAGCACUGGAAAACUGUAGACAAGAUGACAGUGUUUCUCACGAAUUAAACCAGGUGGAACUUCAUGCAAAUGUCCCAAAAAGAUCAACUAAAACCAUUCUCAGCCAAAAGCUCACAGAACCUACUUCUGCCUGUUACAGAGGAAAAAUUAGAGCCACAAUUCAUUUAUCGAAAGCUAGCCUGAAGGAAUAUGCUGAUAUCAUUGCCAAAGCUAUUUUGAAGCUUAUUAAAAAUGACUUAGACUUAGAAAUUCAAAAGAUGCAGUCCUAUCCAAAUGACAUUUUAUUCCAAAAAAAUGUAAUUGUGAGUGAAAUCAUAGACAACAUCUUAAAGGUUUUACAUAAUAAAAUAUCCAUAGAGGAAAUUAGUGUUUCCUCAGAGAAGACUAACUUUGCACAAUUAACUCCAUCAAACGAAAUACCCCUGGGACAAAAAGAAAAGGAAAAGGGCACUUCAUCUCUGCUUACAAACUGUCCAUUAGAACAAAACCAAAUGACAUUUGAAAAGGAAAGCCAGAGAACUGUUUUGGAAGAAAUAUUUAUGAGGAAAGGGAAACCAGAACAAAAAGAAACAAUUGAAUUGCUCAGCAAAGUGGCAGAACUUUUGAGUAAGUUAGACCAAAGAGUAAUGGAAAUCAUAGGCCAUUUGCUUCCAUUUAAUGAAGUCCCCCAUUUUAAUUUUAGAACUAAAACUUCAGGCAGAACUGGAAAAACCUUCUCUCAAUCACGCAUUAGCAGUAUAGCAAAUGAUAUCAUCGACUGUGUUUAUGAUAAAAUGUACUCUGUUGUUGUGACAGUAUUAUACAAAAAUGACGAAAGUAGGGGUGAAGGAGAAACAUCCCACAAGAAUGAUACCUCAGCAAUGAAAGCACUAUAUUUUAGGGGAACUAAGCAAGCAGGAAAAAGAAGUAAUUCCCCUAGAGGUGAGAUACCAGAGGAAAGUCCUAACGCAGACAAUCAGAAUGUUUCUGAAUUAGGAAAGACUUUCCAGCAAUAUUCAUCAUUACAAAUAGCAAAAGAUUUAACCCAAAUAGUAUUCAAUAAGAUCAGAGAUUUUGUCUCACUACAUCUAGAAGAGAACUUGUCCAUCACAGGGUAUUCUGAGGAGCUGCAACUUUAUAGAUUGCAGAACUCUAAAGAUAGCAUUAAGGAUGGCUCUAAGCCAGGUUUUAAAACAAAUUUAAAAACAAGACCUUUGCAUAAAUUUAAAUCAAAACUACAUGCAGGACCUAGUGCGGUUAAGGCAAAAAGCAAAGGCAGGUUAAGUACUGGAGAGAAGACACCGAGAGAUGGGCAAACAAAGACUUCCAUUCGUCUGCCGCACAUCUUUGCCACAGGAGAUGCCAAAAACUUAUUGGAAACAAAGCUUCCCCCGUCAGAACUAAAAGUGUAUGCCAAGGAUAUGAUAAGCAAUAUUCUAGAAGCAAUAAUGAAAGAAUUUGAAAGGGUAACACAAAAUAGAACGAUGGCACCUAUAAAAGUUUUACCAUCUGAUCAAAUCAUGGAAUCCAGUAAAAUAGUGAGCUUGGUUUUACAAGAAUUAAAUGCCACAAGCAACAGUUUGGCUUAUCCAAUCAAAUCCUCAUGUCUGGACCAUCUCAAAUUUUCGUCGCGGUGUUUAUAUUCUCCUGCUAAAGAACAAGCAUGCUUUUACUUAGAGGAUGUUUCCUCGCAGCUAGAACAGAUUUUUCCUAAAGAAGGUAUAUUUAAAAAAAUGUUUGACAAAUGGCAAACAGAUUCAAAUGACAUGGAAAAUGAAAAACAUACUCUGUUAACAAUAGCUGAUAAUAUUUUGACUGAAAUUUCAAUAAAAGCCAAAGACUUAGAAUAUUCUCUUUCACUUUUAAAUCUGCCAUUUCUCGAACAUGGUGAAAGCAGUUUCUCUAAUCAAUCUAAAGAAGAUUGUUCUAGAGCAGAGGACACGAAAGCACAGAUUACUAUGUUUGGAAGAGAAAUUGUUGAAAUGCUGUUUGAAAAAUUGCAACUCUGCUUUUUGUCCCAGAUGCCCAUUUCAGAAACUCCAACGAAUGAGAAAGAACUCAGCACUGGUAAAAGUAAGCAUGGUUUCCCAACCAAGUACAUCAACAGCAGUUUAGACAUCAAGACGAAAGAUCAAAUUCCUACCACCUCUUACAAGCAAGUUACUCAAGAAAUUGUAGGGAGGGUUUUAAACCUGUUAGAGUCAUUUGUGGACUUACAGUUUAAACAUAUCUCUAAAUAUGAAUUUUCCGAAAUAGUGAAAGUGCCUAUUGACAACCUUUUUCAAGUUCAACAGAGACGAUUAAACAAAAAAAUGUCACCCAAAUUACAACCACUGAAAAACUCUUCUGACGAAUGCAAGCCAACCACUGUUGUUUCUAAAGAAAGCAUACAGAAUACUCUCUUGCAGGUACAUUCAUUUCAUUCAGAGUUACUGACAUACGCUGUUCGCAUCGUCUGUGACAUGCUUGCUGUAAUCAAGAGCAAACUGGACAAAGAAAUAAACCAAAUGGGGCCAUCUUCCACUAAUACAUUGAAAGAAAACAUUGUAGCUAGUGAGAUCAUUGGCACAUUGAUGGACCAAUGUUCUCAUUUCAGUGAGUCUUUGACCAGAAAUCUUUCAGUGGAAAGUUCAUGCCAACGAACUAAAAACGCUUACCCUACCAAGCAGGAUGAACCUGCAGAUGAUGUGAAAAUGCCAUCACCACAGUUAGAUGAUGCUAAUUGGGGGCAUAGUCUUCUACAGAGAAGUGAACCCAGCUUGGUGUUUUAUUCCUUGGACAACACGAGAAGAGAGGACAAACUUUCAUCCCCUUUACCCUCAUGUGUCACUUCUGUAGAACACACCAUUAAAAGUUUGGAACCAUUGGAAAGGUCUGAUUCAGAAGCUAUGUCUUUACAUUCUAGAAAUAAAGUUCAAGAACAUCACCAAGUGAAACCUACCUUGGGCCAUCUUGAUGAAGCGGUGAAAAGAAACGGUCCCCUCCCAGAAGGUAGUGUCUUACAAAAACUGCUUAAGAAAACAAACGAGUCCACAGAAGCGUCUUUACAGCAAGUCAUGUCUUUCCUAGAAAUGGGAAAAGGUGAAAACCCAAGAAUAUUUCAUUAUGGAGCUAUAAAGCCAGUUGUUGAGCCAAACCAAAUUCACACAACUGUUUCCCCACUCCGAAUAUGUUUAGCAGCUGAGAAUAUUGUCAGUACUGUGCUGUCAAGCUAUGGUUUUCCAGAAGGGCCACUUACUACCAAAAGCAUGGAAACGAUGAAACCAUUUUUCAUAUCGAAACAAAACUCUUUCUCUGAAAUAUCCUCAAGACAAAAAAAUGAAAAGGAGAAUUUGUUUAGAAUGUGGCCUGAAACCAUCAGCUGUGGAUCUGAAGAAGGUGAAAUCCCUGAACCUUGUGGGGAAGAUUUUUCUUUAUUGCAAAAAUGGCAAAACAAGACUCCAAAGAUAAAGAAGGUAGAGACCCCCAAAGAAGCUACAGUCAUAGCAUUUGCUGAUCAUGAACUGGGUCCAAAUGAAAUUCAUUUGUUAGCAAUGCACGUUACCACAUCUGUGGUCACAUAUUUGAAGAACUUCAAAACUAGAGAGAAGGUAUCUCUUGUAUUUAUGUUGUCAAGUAAAAGCUGUGACUCAAGACAGCCCCUAAGAAGCAUGUACAGUAAUUCUUCAGUUAAUCAAUUCUGUAAACAUCUCACUGAGUCAGUCAUUUGCCAUUUAAUUUCAAGUAUUUAUGAUGGUACCAUAGAGGGUAGAGAAAAAGACAAACUAUGGGAAAUCCAAAGUAUAGCAUUUAACAAGAUUAUUUUAAUUCAUUCUCAAGUAUUUGAGAACAGAUCAAUAUCUAUUGGAGAACUUGCUUUAAGUAUUUCUGAAACAGUUAUUGAGAUUCUUGCCAAUAAUAACAUUGUAGAAGCUCACGUUGGACGGCAAAUGGUUUCCACCAGAAAAAAAUACAUUUACUCUUCAGGAAUAACUUCUGCCAACUUGGAUGGUUUUUUCCAAGAUCUCUUAACAGGAGUGAUUCAAGUACUCUCUGAAGAAAUAGGAAUAAACCAUCACUUUAAAAAGCAUGGAAGGCGCAAAUCAUGCUCCUUGCUUGCAAGCCAUAAUGUAUCUAUUUUCAGUAACGUAAAUACCAAGGAACUGCCAGGCCUCAGAGGUUGGGAAUCAUCAUCAACUCGCCAAAUUGAUCAAAUUGUCCAGAAAAACAAGUUAAAUUAUCUGGCAUCUCAGUUAGACAUCCUGAUGGGCAGCCUAAAAACUGAUGAAUCAAAAAAAGUAGUCAAUAAAGUAUUUAAUAUUAUUUUAGACUUAUUUUUGCCAGAUGAAUUCCCAGGCAGAGCUAUGGAUUCAGGUAAACUAGCAAGAGGUUUCUCUUCCCCAAUCAAUCAACAAAGUAAUAGCAUCCUUAGAAAUAAUCGGACGCUGUCCCCUAAAUCAGCGUUUCUUCUCAAUGUGGUAUGUGAGAAGCUUAUUAGGACACUUCUGGAGAAAUGCGCAGCCACUUCCCCUCUUGAUGAUGAUCUCCUUGCUAGUGAAAUAUCAGCAGAAGUACAUCAACUUUUGAGAAUACUUCACAGGAUAGAAGACGGAAAUCUUGAUUAUUACAAGAGCUCAAUGGACUGCAGAGAACUUCAAGGAGACUGCAUGUCAGAUCUUUUGGGAAAUCUGGCAGAAACAAAUCAAGAUAUAUUGUCAUCAGAUUAUAUGCUUAAUAUUAUUUCCCACAGCUUGGUUAAAUCAUUGAUGGAUAAGCUAUCACAGGGUUUACAGGAAGAUCUCGAAGGUCCAUUGUUUGAAAACAAAUGUUUGAACCAUAGAAGAAGAGAAAUACAAUCUAAUUUCACAGAAGCCAGAACACCAGAACUCAAGAAAUUAGGACAAGUUAAAGACUCUUUAGGAUUCACGAGUUAUGACAGUGCUUCUUCGACUGGAUUCGUAAAUAAUCCACGAGUUGCCAGCUCCAAGGUGCAAGGACCAUUUGGCAAGCAAUGUACAAUAAAAUCCUCUUCAUGGUUACCUCUUAAUGAAGAGAAAACAAAGGAAAUUGAUAAGGUAGUCAUUCGUAACAUAUAUCAAAGAGAUAUGUACACAGGUGUUUAUUCAGCCUCUUUUUUGGAGGAAAUAAUAUCUGAGUUGUUUUUUCACUUCUCUACAUGCUUGUGGGAAAAAAAUGCAGACAUCACUGAGGCCCAGCUCAAUACAAUGAAUACAUUGUUUGUCAGCCACGUGGUAAACGAGUUUAAUAAUGCUCAAGUCACUGUUCUGAGGAAUGCGGAAGAAAGGCUGUAUUUUCCACCAAUCCAUAAAGAAAUGGUGAGGAAGAUUGUUGACUCCGUUUAUUAUGAUGUUUUACACAAAUAUGAAUGGAAAGUGACCAGUAGUAAUCUGGCAGGUGAAAAUAAGUCAAUAGCUCAGCAAGUAGCACAUGGUAUAUUAUUAGAGGUUUUAGAUUACCAGCUCCCAUCUUCCCUCAAGGCAAACCUCAGAAUUCAGUCCUGCUACCCUCUUGAAGCUGAGGUUAUACUGCAGAAGCUUCAAAGCAACCUAAGAAAUCUCACUUUGCAAGCCAUGUCUUCAAAAAGCUAUAGCACCAUGUUACCAUACUCAUUUUUAGAAGAUGUCAUCAGAAGACUUUUACUUCAGCUCAGUCCUCCAUCUGGGGAACCUUCCUCUUUAGGAAAAACGUAUGCAACCAGUUCCGAUUUUAAUGAAAUGUCCACCUGCAUAACAAAUAAGGUGAUGUCAGCCAUUUCAAGACAUAAGAUCUGGUUUACUACCUAUGAAAAUCAAUAUCUCUCUUCAGAAAAGAAUCUCCAAAAGAUGGUAGAUUCUGUUUAUGGCAACAUUUUACAAAUGUCUGACUCUCUUGUUUCAAUACAGAAAGAUAUGGCUAGCCGAAGUCCAAUCAUGAUGGAUCGCAUAGCCAGUUUUAUUAUCCAAGAAAUUAUUGACUGUCAUCUUCAGCCGUUUUUGUGUGGAGAGGUUUCCUCACGUCCAGGAAGUCCUCUGGAUGCAGUCUCUAAUAUGGUUAAACAGGUUCUUAAUGAGGUCCUAGAAUCAUGCAGACCCCAGAAGCCACCACCUGUAGGUAUUUCUCCGGAUGUAUUCAUAGGCGAGAUGGUUGCCAAACUUCUCUCAAAGAUUUUCAGCCCUAGGUCUAACACUGAAUUUGAGCUGGAAAGCAUGACACAAAGAAUAAUACACUCUGUGAAUGAGUAUUUUGACAAAGGUGGAAUUCACAUUUUAUACAAUGACAAGAAGUCUUUCCCCUGUAUAGAUACAGACGUCAUAGAUGAACUCGUCACCUCCGUUUAUAGAGAUGUGUUAAACCAGUACGGACUGGACCCUAAUGUUAAUAAAGAGACUGAAAAUAGUGAUUCAUUUGUGGAAAAUAUAACUAAUUUAAUUGUAGCCGCUAUUUCAAACUAUCUUCUUCAUCCAUUGUUUUCUGGAGAUCUGUCAACUUCAUCUUAUACCACAUUGCUGGCUGAGAAUAUUGUUCAAGACGUCCUUAGUAAUAUAAGUCAAUCAACUAGCUCAGACCAGAGUUUAUCUCCAUAUAACACCUUACUGCCAUAUACAUUCUUAGAAGAUAUGAUCAGAGUACUAUUAUCACGAUUCUUUCCUGCUGCACCUAGUGUGGUUUCAUACAGGGAAACUCCACAAGAUAAAUCCGAAAUGAAUUAUAAUGAAAUUGCUUCCAGCCUUAUCAGUGAUAUUAGAAUGAAAAUUUCCCAACAUGAAAUUCAGUUUUCAAAAGAAAAAGAAGAAAUCAAGUUUGCUUAUUCAGAAGACGAUGUUCAACAUCUUGUUGACUCAGUAUUCAACAAUAUUUUACAGAAAUCUAAGUCCGAAGAAUCAGUGGAGCAAAAUAAUAUACAUACCAAUGAUGUUCUUAUUGAUAAAAUAGCAGCUUUCAUCAUUAAAUAUGUGUGUGAACAACAUCUUCGGCCAUUUUUGGAUGCAAAUUCAUCCUCUUCCUCCUCCUCCUCUUCCUCCUCUUACACAUAUUUUGAUGAUAAGAGACAACAGUCAUUUUUUUCCAGUGUUUAUUCCUCGACUUUUUUGGAGGAUGUUGUAUCUGGGGUUUUAAGGAAAAUAUUCCACAGAGUAUUUGGUGUUGUACAAAUGGAAAGCAUGAGAGAUUCAGAGAAUGAAUUUUUUGAUAAAGCUGAGAAACUCAUACAUUUGAUAACAGAGGAAUUCUCAAAAGCUCAAGUUACCGUUAUAGAAAAUGCUGAGCGACAGUUGAAUUUGCUGCCAGUGGAGACAGAUGUAGUAAAAACUAUUAUUGGCACAGCAUACAGUAGAGUUUUGGAUGAAUACCAAAUGGAAAUCAAGCCUCAGAAAGAUUUUCUAAGUGACACUGGGACACUGGCUUCUCGAAUAACUAAAAUCAUCCUGACUGAAAUUUUUGAUUUCCAAAUUCCUCCAGAUCUUAUUGCAAACUUGCCUUUUAAGUCUCAUUCCAAACUCAGUGAAAAUGUUUUGAUACAUAAAGUUCAACAUGAUAUUACUAAGUCAAGAUCCCGAAGACAGGCUUCAACAAUGUAUACUACUCUGUUAUCACAAGACCAUUUGGAAAAAAUAGUCACUCAGCUUGUCUCACAAACAUUGACAUCUACCAUAGAACACCCAGAUACUGCUCAAUCAGAUGUAAAUGAUACAAUCAUAAAACUGAUAAAUGAAAUCAUGUCAAUAAUUUCAAAAAAUGCAAUAUGCGUCACCAAACAGGGAAAUAAAAAUCAAAAUACGAUUUCAGAAAAAGAUGUACAGUCUAUGAUUGAUUCCAUCUAUGCUGAUCUUGCUCAUUCAGAUAUAUACAAGUCUCUCACAAAAGAUAAAAAAGACAUGAAUAACAUACCUGUUUCAAAAAUAGCAAGUUUUAUAAUAAAAGAAAUUUUUAACCAUCACCUACAGUCAUUUUUAUCUGGAGAUAAACCUCUUCUUUCAGCUUCAGUUGAUCAGAUUUACGAAGAAAAAGCAAGAGAUCCUAAACAAAAAAGAUGGUCUUGCAUUGUGAACUCGGCUGUCUUCUUGGAGGAAGUCAUUGCUGAGCUUUUAUGCAAAAUUCUUCAUGCAUUCACACACAAUGUCUUGGUUUUUGAAAGCACAGACACAGCAAAAGUCCAAAUUACUAACAUUGUUACAGCCUUAGUAAAAUCAAUUGUUGUAGAAUUUAACACUUCAGAGAUUAGAGUUGCAGAUAACUUAGAUAAAAACUUGUGCUUUUCAGAGGAGUAUAAAGAAAUGGUUCGAGAAACUGUCAACUUAAUUUACAAAAAAUUAUUAGAUGAAUAUAGUUCUUUAGUUCAAGUGUAUAAAGCUAUACAAAGUGAUAGUACCUGUUUUGGAAGAAAAAUAUAUCAUUUGCUAUUGGAGGAAAUUUAUGAGUAUCAAGUGCAGUCAUUAAUUUCAGGAGAAUUAGUGGCUUCUUGCUGUGCUUCCCUUCAAGCUGAUAACAUCAUCAGAAAUGUACUCAGCGUCAUCUUGAGUGAUAGAUGUGCCAGGCCAUCAUUUGUUACUGUAUUUCCUCAUUCUCUUUUAGAAGACAUGAUUUCCAAGCUCCUGGUGCAUAUCUUCCCUCAGGCUGACACUGAAAACAAACUAACAGAAGAAGAGCUUACUCCAGAUGAGAAUUUUUCAUUUGUAGCUUCAGAUAUGACUGAUGAAAUUAUAAAAGAAAUUUUUGAACAUGAAAUCCGACUUGCUACUGCAAUGGAAAAUGCAGAAAGUACGCAGUUAGAAGUCCUUGAAAAUUUGGUUGAUUCUGUAUGUAAUAAUAUUUUGAAAAAACCUGAAUAUCAGGCUGAAGUACAGAAAGAUGCAGGCAGAAAAGAAGGACCAUUUCUCAGUAAAAUAGCUGGCUUCAUUAUGAAGGAAAUUAUGGAUCAUCAUUUACAACCAUUUUUACAUGGCGAAGAAUCAUCUUCCAGUAACUCACCUGAUUGUAACCAUGCUUCUGUAGUUGCCAAAUCUGGCAAAGAGACGUCACAGGUUUCUCUUUUUUCAGCUACAUUUUUGGAAGAUGUAGUGGUUGACCUUGUUCAGAAAUUUUUUUCUUUCUCAGAUAGUAAAGAUUCUAAGAAAAGAACAACACCAGAGCCAGAUAUUGUGAGCUUAGCUGUCAAAUUUGCAAAUGCUCUCCUUGGAGAAUUUAGAAAAAAUGAAAUUAAAGUCUUACCACAAGCUGAAGAAAAAUUUUCUUUCCCACCAAUUGCUAAAGAAAUAGUUGCUGACAUAUCUAGUCAUGUAUAUAAUCAAUUCAUAGGGAAAUUUGGAUCUAAUGAUAUUCAGAAGCAUGAUAAAAGUAACAUUGUUGUAGAAAUAAUUGCUGCUUUAGCCCAGAAGGCAAUCUCUGCAUUCAAGAUUCAACCACUAUUCUCAGGAGACUGGUCUUCCACCUUCUUUUCAUUUUUAAAUCCAGACACCAUAAUGCAAAGGGUUCAGCACUUACCACAGGAUACCUGUAUGCAGAUAGCUAGAUACUCAAAAGAGAAGCAACUUACUUUACCAGAGCAAUCAUGUAAACAGACUUCCCUAAGCUCAGAUCAGAAAAAGAUGAUAGUUCGUUUGGAACAAAAUAGAGGUGCAAUGAACAGAAAGAAUUUCCACAUUAAAGAACUCUCAGUGAAAAAAGAAGACAUCCCAAAUCCAAUGCUUAUCCCUGUCCCUACCAUUAUGGAAAGUAACAGGAUUCCCAUAAUGUCAGGCUCAUCUGGAGGUAUGGCACAUACAAAGAAAGAGGACAAAAAGAAACUGAGUAUUUCAACUCCAAAAAAUAAUAAGAGUGCAUCAAAAGUUACUUCUCCAGCUACCACGGAAAGUAAGAAGGAGCAAGAUUUGAAAAAACCAGGUAAAAAUCAUGCAGUUGAAAGGAAAAAACAAUCAAUUCCCAAAAAGGAGUCACAGGGUAGUAAAAUGCAAACAUUUUCUCCAGUUGUUCCUGAUGCAGAACGAAAGGCUGCAGUGCCCCAGUCAGAUCCUCCAAUAGACAAGGAUAAGAAAAGGGACAAUAUCAAGGAAAGUUCAAUACAAGAAAAUAAUCAGGACUUUCAGUUGUCUCCUUGGAAGCCCAGGAUGAAAAGUACUGAGACUACAACAGAGAAUACUUUGAAAAUCAUGAAAAAGCCAACAAAUGAGGAAAUGAUAGACUCUUCUACUGAAACAGAUAUGGGAGAUAUAAUCUUCUCAGAUUAUGAAACCGUUCAAAACAUCAUUGAAAAUAUUUAUGGGAAUGUUUUAGAAAGGUCUUCUCUUCAAGAACCAUCAGAUGUUUCAACAUACAGAUACAGCAAAAGCUUCCCAGGUAAUAAAGCACUGAUUAUAAUUCAGGAGCCUGCCAAGGAGUCUGACCAGUUUGUUAGGCCACGGAGCUUAUCUUCGGUUAACAAAAAGGACUACGUUGAAGAGGCAGAAAAGAAUGAGACAGAGAGACAAAACAAGAAAGAAAAAGAAAGUGAGAAAGAAAAAGAAAAAACUACAGAAAAAGAGAAAGGAAGAGAAAAGAAGGUUGAGAGUAAAACCACUCAGCCUCACUACCUACCAGAAAGUAAACCUAGAAUUUUUCCUACUGAUUUUUUAGAUGACGUUAUCAUUGAAAUAGUUAAAGAACUGAUGUUUUCUUCCUCACCAGAAAUGGAAAUGUGUGAACAAAGUCCAAAGGUAAAUGGGUAUCAGAAUCAGUCUGAACUCUAUGACACAGCUGUGAAACUUACCCAUUCGCUGAAAAAAGAGUUUUCAGAUGUUCAAGUCAAGAUGUUAUUUGGGCACAAUGAGAGACAUCAGUUUUUCCCACAUACAAGUAAAGUGUCUUCGAUUCCUGUAGCACCUUCCAAAAAUAAGGCAUCAAAUACACACAAAACGUCAUCAAGCAUUAAGAUAAAAAGUAUGGAUAAAAUGCCAAAUGUACCUGACAAACUCUCUCCCCCUGAGAUACCUUUCCUAGAUGAAUUACCAUUAAUAGACAAAACACUGGUCAAUAAAGUUGCUCACUCCUCUAUUUGCAAUAUUUUGAAAGAAUAUAGAACUCAAGAAGCUCUUUAUCAGGACAUUAAAAAUAAUGAAGACAAUUUAGUAAAAAGGUUAACUAGUGGAGUGAUAAAUGAACUUUUUCAACGUCAGCUUAACUUGCUAUUUGGUGAUGAGGUUCCAAUUUUAGCAGGUUUGCCUCUGGACUCUAAAGAUCUUGUUAAAAAGAUCGAAAAACUGCCCCAAACAGCCAGUAAAGAAUGUCAGACAACAUCACCAUAUACUGUAAUGUUGCCUCAUCAAUUUUUAGAGGAUGUGAUAUCUACCCUUUUAUCAAAAAUUUUCUCAAAAAUAUCCAACACCAUCACCAAAAGAGAAACAUCUGAGGACAAAGUUUCCACAGAACUUGAUUUCCUUCAAAUGGAGUUAGUAAGUAAAAUUGCUGCAGAGAUUUCCAAUGAUGAAGAUAUGAUUGUAGAGUACGUAGAAUCCUUGCAUCCCAAUGAUGAGGAAAUUAUUGAAUUGGUGGUUCAAUCCAUUUAUAACAAUCUUUUGCCACAAUUUGGAUCCCAAGAAAUCAUACAAAACUGUAUAUCAAACGGAUGCAGGCAUCUCUCCAAAGCCAUCAUUGAUCUAGUUCUAAGAGAAGUGGCUGGCAAUCAGUUGCAGAACUACUUUUGUGGGGAGUUAACUCCAUAUCAGUGUGCAGAAGUUGACAGUGUAGUUGAAAAUAUCCUUUCCAGUGUCCUCCAGACUACUUCGACUCGACCAGCACAGGCUCCUAAAGUGUCUUCCAAGAUCAUAGAAGAAAUUGCUGUGAAAUUUCUAUCAAAGCUCUUAUCUGUGUUUCCAAAAGUGCAUAAGAAAAGAACCAAAUCUCCAGAAACUGAAAUGCAAAAAAUAAGCUCAAAAAUACUAAAUUCAUUCCAAGAAUUUAUCUCCAGAAGUAAGAUCAAACUUACAAAAUCUGCCACGGAAUCACCUACUGUAUCUUCAGAUGACAGUGAAACUAUUGAAAACAUAGUUAAUUCUGUUUAUACCAGUAUUUUAAAACACUCUGGUUCCCAUACUUCUGUAUUUAAAGACUUAAUGGGUCAGAGUAAUGUCCUUUCUGACAUAAUAGGUUUUUUAAUGGUGAAGGAAAUUUACAAUUCUGAGUUUCAACCUCAAGUAGAAGAAGAAAUAUCAAGUUCAGAACUAAUUCUGGAAGCUGUCAAAAUUAUGGAAAAAGUGGUCAAAAUUGUUGAUAAAUUAAAGUCCCAGGAAGACUUUUCAUCUGAGAAAUGUUCUAUGUUAGAUACGAAGGUUUUAGAGGAAGCAUUGGCCUUGUUCUUGGCUAAACUCGUAAGAUUACCUCGUGCCUCACAGCAAGAUACAGACUCCUUAUCAAAAUCUGAGUUGAAUAAGGUCGCAUCACAACUGACAAAAUCUGUAACAGCUGAAGUUUCUAAAAGUAAUAUUAGUCUAGUAUCUAGUGAACCUGAAGAAUCCUCUUCAAAUCAAGAAGAAAUGGACAUGAUUUUCCAGGUUGUUGAUUCUGUUUAUAGUAAUAUUCUUCAACAAUCUGGAAGCCAUGAAGAACUUCAUGACAUAAAAGAUACAGACACAGUCCUCUCUAAGGUAGCCAGUUUAAUUAUCGAUGGAGUUUCAAAAGUUCCAUUAGAUAUGGUUACCUCCACAAGCUCAAUCAGUGGUAUCUUUCAGGAUCUGGACAUUGAUAGAAUCAUUGAAAAGACAGAAAAGCACGCUAAGAAAAUGAUGGAUGACAAAAAGUCAAGAGAAGAUAGAUCCAGAGAAGAAUGUACAGUUGUAAUAAUUCCACAUGUCGGAAGGAAAGCAAUCAAAGUGGACCCCCAGAUUAUUUCCCAGCACUUAGCAGUCAUCUCUGUAAAGACUGAACCACUUGAAAAAAUGAAAUUAGAAUGUUUAAGAAGAACUGGGCAUAGCAUAGAGGAGCUGAGACGAGCAUCUAUAGAUGGGCGAAGUUUGGCUGCCACAAGCCCAGCUGUUUCAGAAAACAGAAAGAAAGAAAGACGUACCUCGCUCAAUAGUACAGGUCGACUGGACAUAAAACCCUAUGAGGCUGUUUGCAGAAAUUCAUUUCAAAAUAUAAGAAAGCCUGAUAUCUCCAAAGUAGAGCUUCUAAAAGAUGUCCAAAACAGAAAAGACCUCAUCAUUCGGUUAGUGGCUCAUGAUAUUUAUCAGGAAGAUGAAGAGGCUUUUACUGAAGGUGAUACAAUGUAUGAUGAAAAUGAAGUUGUUUUAGGAGAGUAUUUUGGACUAAGGACCAUAGGAGAACUGUCUGAAGAUGAAGUCAAAGGAGUCAUGAAGCUGAUGCAAAGAAGAGGUAUUUCUUCUAUACCAACAGCCACCACAAGCCGCUCUCAGUCCACAUCCACCUCAGAUGCUCAGGGUGUGCGAGGAACCUCAAACCAAACAGAACCCAUCAAGACACAACUUAGCAGAAUUGCUGGUGAGUGCAGCAUGACUACCUCCACAGUCUUGACUGAAACACCUGCUUCCACAAAUAAAACGUCACAUCAGAAGAAAGAAGAAAAUGUUGCUACUGAACCAACACACCACUUCAUACACAGAAUUAUGAGUACAUCUUCCUACAACCAAGAAGAUCUCUUAUCAUCUUCCAGUGAGGAAGAAGAUUCAAAUGCAAUUUCAAGCCCAAAGAUAUUGAAAGAAGUUCCUCCGGAGUCAAAUUCAGCAGGUAUUCAGUUUAUCUCCAUCUUUGAAGGGCCCAAGGAGGUUGCCGACAAAGGAUGUCCUGCACAGAAAAUCACUUCAGAAGCUCCCAAAUCCAGUACUUCCAAACAAGGACCUAAACUUCUGGCAAGAGUAUCUUCGACUCUGUCAAAGGUGUUUUCCCGAUCUCACAGCAAUGUUCCCAAAUCUUCCUCACCCCCCUCACCAGAAUGACCACUGACAUAUAAAUAUACUUCCUUACCUUAGACAAUAAACUAAUUUUUAAAGCA